UAGGGUGAACGUAUUUCGACGUACGUCUUAAUCCUUUAGACUCGACGAAAAAGAGUCGACUUGAGCUGCGGUGAGGAAGAUAUAACACUCGUUUGAACCCAAAGUUGCAAGGGACAUAGCCUAUGCACCGCAUAACUUUGUGUUAGAAGUUUGAAGUCGAUCUUAUAUAUAUUGGGCCAUAGGAAGGUCGUAGGCCCGGGAAGACACUCAUACGUUCAAUAUGUACGUUGAAAAUAUAUAUUUUCAUCAUAUUAGUAUUAAAAAGAUAUAAUACUACUUUUUCGUAUAAUUUUAAAUAUUUAAUAACCUAAGUUAAUUUAAUCUCAAUUUUCAAAUAUUAAUUCAUUAAUCUUCGUAAAAUAAGUGUGAUAAGUAAACAAAUACCCGCCAUUCUUUUGGUGGUUAUAGAAGGGGCACGAAAUUGAUACAGCGCGUGAGAACAACGCGCCCCCAAACAUAGCCUGAAGCAGAAAUGGCUGCUCCGGCCGCCGAGGGACUAGCCGUGACGGCGCUCCGGUCAGUGCUCCACCGUGUAAGGCAGGCGGCGGAGAGGUCCGGCCGCCGUGCUGAUGACGUCAGAGUGGUGGCGGUGAGCAAAACGAAGCCUAUUUCUCUUAUUAACCAAGUUUAUGAAGCUGGACAUAGAUGUUUUGGUGAAAAUUAUGUACAAGAGAUUAUUCAAAAGGCUCCCGAGCUUCCGGAGGACAUAGAAUGGCAUUAUAUUGGGCAUUUGCAGAGCAAUAAAGUGAAGCAACUCCUGACUGCUGUUCCCAAUCUAGCUAUGAUUCAUGGCGUUGAUAACCCGAAGCUUGCAAAUCAUCUUGAUCGUGCGGUUUCAAGCAUUGGCAGGCAGCCCUUGAAGGUUUUGGUUCAAGUUAAUACCAGCGGAGAGGAGUCAAAAUCUGGUGUUGAUCCAUCAAAUUGCAUAGAGCUUGCCAGACAUGUCAAGCUGGAUUGCCCAAACCUUGAGUUCUCUGGCCUAAUGACAAUUGGAAGGCCUGACUACACUUCAACCCCAGAGAACUUCAAGACGCUACUGAAUUGUAGAACUGAAGUUUGCAAGGUGCUUGGGAUGGCUGAAUCUCGAUGUGAGUUAUCAAUGGGCAUGUCUAGUGACUUUGAGUUAGCGAUAGAAAUGGGCAGCACCAAUGUGAGAAUUGGAUCCACCAUAUUUGGACCGAGGGAGUAUCCAAAGAAACAAUGAAAUCAGUAUGAACUUCAUCACAUAGAACCAUUGACGAAAGCAAUAGGGAAUGCACAAGGCCUUUCUAAGUUCACGUGCAAUGAGAGAGAAAAAUGAAGCAGCAAAGACAAGAGAAGGAUGUUGUUGGUUCAAACCCGAAGCCCCUCCUAGAAAGCUAUAUCAAAAUUGUUUUACUGUUGAAUUUUUGUGUACUUUUAGAACAGGACCAGGUGUCCCUUACUCUUGGCUUGCCUUGAUUCACUUUAACUCUUUUUUUUUUUAGCCGAGGGUCCUUCGGAAAUGAUCUCUUUAUCUAGGGGUAAGGUCUGCGUACACUCAACCCUCCCACACCCUACUUGUGGGAUUUCACUAGGUAUGUUGUUGUAUCUGUUACAUGAAGAUGUUUUUUACUUCGA